GAGAGGGCGGGGUGUCGUUCCCUUUCGCUGAUGCAAGAGCCUAGUGCGGUGGUGGGAGAAGUGUCGGCAGGAGCAACGCUGCCGCUGGGGCCUGGGGCUGACCCGUCCGACUUCCCGUCUGUGCCGAGCCCACUCGAGCUGCAGCCAUGUCCGGGGACGAGAUGAUUUUUGAUCCUACUAUGAGCAAGAAGAAAAAGAAGAAGAAGAAGCCUUUUAUGUUAGAUGAGGAAGGGGAUGCCCAGACAGAAGAAACUCAGCCCUCAGAAACAAAAGAAAUAGAACCAGAGCCAACUGAGGACAAAGAUGUAGAAGCCGAUGAAGAGGACAGUAGGAAAAAAGAUGCUUCUGAUGAUUUAGAUGAUUUGAACUUCUUUAAUCAGAAGAAAAAGAAGAAAAAAACAAAAAAGAUAUUUGAUAUUGAUGAAGCUGAAGAAGGUGUAAAGGACCUUAAGAUUGAAAGUGAUAUCCAAGAAGCAGCUGAACCAGAGGAUGACCUUGAUAUUAUGCUUGGCAAUAAAAAGAAGAAAAAGAAGAAUGUUAAGUUCCCAGAGGAGGAUGAAAUACUAGAGAAAGACGAAGCUUUAGAAGAUGAAGAUAGCAAAAAAGAUGAUGGUAUCUCCUUCAGUAACCAGACAGGCCCUGCUUGGGCAGGCUCAGAAAGAGACUACACAUAUGAGGAGCUACUGAAUCGAGUGUUCAACAUUAUGAGGGAAAAGAAUCCAGAUAUGGUUGCUGGAGAGAAAAGGAAAUUUGUCAUGAAACCUCCACAGGUUGUCCGAGUAGGAACAAAGAAAACUUCUUUUGUCAACUUUACAGAUAUCUGUAAACUAUUACAUCGUCAGCCCAAACAUCUCCUUGCAUUUUUAUUGGCUGAAUUGGGUACAAGUGGUUCUAUAGAUGGAAAUAAUCAACUUGUAAUCAAAGGAAGAUUUCAACAGAAACAGAUAGAAAAUGUUUUGAGAAGAUAUAUCAAGGAAUACGUCACCUGUCACACAUGCCGAUCACCGGACACAAUCCUGCAAAAGGAUACCCGACUCUAUUUCUUACAGUGCGAAACUUGUCAUUCUCGAUGCUCUGUUGCCAGCAUCAAGACCGGCUUCCAGGCUGUCACAGGCAAGCGAGCACAGCUCCGUGCCAAAGCUAACUAAUUGGCUAACCACCACUGAUUUUCAGAGUGUGUUGUGGAGAUUUGGCUGGACAGGUUUAUCAUCAGAGUGGAUAUACCAUUGUAUUAAAUACAAGAUAGAAAAGCUGCCAAGUUCUUUGGCUUGUGGCUGGUUGGUCUGAAAUCUUUGCAAGAUGCCGAUGCUCAAGCUGUUGAUCUACUCAUUGCCUACUUUAACAACUGUCAGAAAAACGUGAUGGGGUAAGGCGGUGCUUUUUUAAAAUCGUUCAUAGACUUAUGUAAAAUGCAAGAUAAAUUAAAGUUAUUAUAACAGUGAUUCUUCCAA